AAUUUGUUGAUCAUUAAUAGGAAACAAGCAGAGUUGUGCAUAUCAUGGACUUUCAGAGAGGGAAAAACCUGAGAUACCAGCUAUUGCAGCUUGUUGAACCAUUUGGAAUAAUUACAAAUCACCUUAUCUUGAAUAAAAUUAAUGAGGCAUUUAUUGAAAUGGCUACCACUGAAGAUGCACAAGCUGCUGUAGAAUAUUAUUCAUCGGCACCAGCACUAGUGUUUGGCAAACCUGUGAGAGUUCAUUUAUCUCAGAAAUAUAAAAGAAUAAAGAAACCAGAAGGGAAGCCUGACCAAAAGUUUGACCCUCCAAAACAAGAACUUGGUCGUGUGAUUCACCUCAGUAAUUUGCCACAUUCAGGCUAUUCUGACAGUGCUGUGCUCAAACUAGCUGAGCCCUAUGGAAAAAUAAAGAACUACAUACUGAUGAGAAUGAAGAGUCAGGCUUUCAUAGAAAUGGAAACCAGAGAGGAUGCUGAAGCAAUGAUGGAGCACUGUUCCAACAAAGCCCUUUGGUUCCAGGGGAGAUGUGUAAAAGUGGAUUUGUCUGAAAAAUACAAGAAAUUAGUAUUGAGGAUUCCCAACAAAGGUAUAGAUUUGUCGAAGAAAGAUAAACCAAGAAAGAGAGGUCUUUCUCCAGAUAGCAAAGACUCUGGAAGUGAGAAGAAAUGUAAGACUGAUGAUAAUGAGAAAACUGAAACCAAUAGUACUGACGAUAAAGAAGAGAAGAGAGAUGAGCCAGAGGGGUUGGAUGCCAAAGAUGGUGAACAAGGAGAGCCAGAGGAAUCAAAUACGCUCCUUGAGUCUGAAGAUGAACUGUUAGUUGAUGAUGAAGAAGCAGCAGCAUUACUAGAGAGUGGUAGCUCAGCAGCUGAUGAGACUGAUGUAGCCAACUUGGGUGAUGUGGCUACUGAAGACAAGGAAGCAGGUGAGGAUGGUUCUACCGCAAAAACUGAAGAAAAUGCAGCAAAGAAACUCAAAAAGCGACAUGUUGGUGGAUUUCCAAGGAGCAUGGAAGGUUUUGUCACUCUUGAUGAAGUUGGUGAUGAGGAAGAUUCUGAUCACCAAAAACAGCGUAAAUCUGGCAUACUUAAAGCUGGUGUAAAAAUUGAGGAUGGUGUAACAGAAUCUAAAACUACAAAAACAGAAGAAAUGGAGCAGGAAAAUGAAGCUUUGGAAAAUGGUGCUAAAACAGAGAGCUUGAAGUUGGAAUCAUCAGAAAUGACUGACAGUACAGGGACCCAAGAAAGGGAGAAAAAAGAGUCUGCUGAUGUGCAAGACAGUAAGACUGUCCGUGAAAAACGGGCCAUCCCAGAGGAACAUAGAAUUGGACCAUAUCAGCCAAAUGUGCCUGUUGGUGUGAACUACGUGGUGCCCAGAACUGGAUUUUACUGCAAAUUAUGUUCCUUAUUCUACACCAAUGAAGAUGCUGCCAAAAAGGUCCACUGUAGCAGCCUUGCACAUUAUCAAAAGUUGAAGAAGCGCAUGGAAAAAAUGGCUGAAGACCCAAGACAGACAAAGGAGGCUUAAAUGUAGAACAAAAGGCUUGAGGAUUUAAGAAAAAAAUGUUUUUAUUUUUAAUGUUAAUCUCAGUACAGUAAAAUUGGGGAAACACUAUACUACAUAGAUUUUAGUGGAAUAAAUAGAAGUUAAUUAUGUUUGUGUGUUUAAAGUUAUGGCAACAUCUUGCAUUGUUAAAUCUUGUUUGUUUGCUUGUUGAAAAAAAUGGGCUGAAUCACAAAAUAAUCUGUGCAUAUUGCUUGAAGCUACUGAAGAACUGUUACAGCAUUUUGAAGACCAGAGAUAAUUUUAAUCAGCAUCAUUCUUUUCAGGCUUUCAAGAACAUCUCUUUAAAUGUUGGUUUGGGUUAGUUAAAUAUGAAGUUUCUUUUUUCUGCUCUGGAACAUUCCAUAUUCCAGUUUAAAGUCCAGUUGAUAACUAUUUUAGGGGACUUUUAUGAUUUCAUUUCAUUUUUGAGACUCUAUUAAAAUUUAUGUGGCUUUAAAGAGAGUGAUAACACUUUUUUUUUAAUAUUGGUGUAUUAGGUAGUGAAUAGAAAAUUGAUAGACAGCUUUUAAAUCUUGUGAGUGUUUCCCUCAGUCCUCAUAUUUCUGUCCUACUCUAGCAUAAAUUCUUCUGACCAGUAUUAUUUUUCUGAACUGUGCUUCUGACUUGAAUUUAGUACUUUUUCAUACAUCAGUAUAAGCAAACAUGGCAUUUGAACAUAAAUUGUAAGUAGUUAAUCUUUUUUAAGUUUGUACUUCAACUCUGAAUCUAGACUAGUUACUAUGGUGUCACUGAAAUCAGAGGGACUUGCUUCAGAGUAACAUGUUUAGAAUUGGAGCAUACAUCUUCAGUUUGGUUUCAUCCUAGGAUUGUAAUCUUGAUGUACCUUCACGUAGCUGAUGUGAAUGGAAGUUUGGGUGUAAAAUCUGUUUUCAUGUAGUUUUAUUAAUCAUUUAACAGGUUACAUAUAUGUGGAUUCAGUUUAUUAUAAUGUUAAAUCAAUAAACCCAACCAGUAAGAGUAAA